AUGAAGCUCGUCGUCGAGAUCUCCGACGCCGCCGACCUCGCCCCCAAGGAUGGCGCCGCCUCCUGCAACCCCUACGUCGAGGUCGACUUCGACGACCAGCGCCAGCGCACCGCCACCAAGCCCGCCGACCGCUCCCCGUACUGGAACCAGACGCUGGUCUUCGACGUCCGCGACCCCGCGCGCUUCCCCUCCCUCCCCGUCGACGUCUCCGUCUUCCACGACCGACGCCUCCAGGACCACAACGCACUCCGCCCGCACACCUUCCUGGGCCGCGUCCGCAUCAACGGCGCCUCCGUCGCUCCGUCGCCAGAGGAGGCCGUCCUGCAGAGGUACCCGCUCGAGAAGCGGGGGCUCUUCUCACGCGUCUCGGGAGACAUCGCGCUCAGGAUCUACCUCGUCGGGGAUGUCAAUGAAACCGUACCUGUUUCUGCUGCUCCCAACCAGCAACAGGAGUCCGUCGCCGCCGCCGCCGCCAGCGGAGACCCCGAAAGGAUCGUCAGGUCCGCCUUCGCACCACAGCAGCCGCCGCCGGUGGAGCAGUCAGAAGCCCAGGGGCAGGGGAAGAGCGGCGGAGGCCCAGCAGGGGAUGAGCACGAGGCACGGCCUCCUCGCAUCUUCCGCUCCGUGCCAGCCUCGGGAGGAGGAGGAGGUGGCGGAGGAGCCGACCAGCAGCCUCGCCGCACUCUCCACGCCGUGGCCGCGCCUCCUCCUCCGCCCGGCCAGACGGUCGUCAUGCCCAAACCCACUGCCGCCGCCCCUCCCGGCCCCGCCUUCGGCCUGGUCGAGACCAAGCCUCCUCUGCCGGCCAAGAUGGGCCCGCGCGCCGCCGCCGCCGCCGCCGCCAAGAUCGCGUCCACGUACGACAUGGUGGAGCCGAUGGCGUACCUGUACGUGAGCGUGGUGAAGGCGCGCGACCUCCCCAACAUGGACGUCACCGGUGCGCUGGACCCCUACGUGGAGGUGAAGCUCGGCAACUUCAAGGGCGUCACCAAGCACCUGGACAAGAACCCCAACCCGGACGACUUCGUCGGCCGCGUCCUCUUCGACAUGACCGACAUCCCUAAGCGGCUGCCCCCCGACAGCCCGCUCGCGCCGCAGUGGUACCGCCUCGCCGACCGGCACGGCGAGAAGGUGCGGCACGGCGAGAUCAUGCUCGCCGUGUGGAUCGGCACGCAGGCCGACGAGGCGUUCCCGGAGGCGUGGCACUCGGACGCGCACUCGCUGCCCUUCGAGGGCCUCUCCAACACCAGGUCCAAGGUCUACUACUCGCCCAAGCUCGCCUACCUCAAGGUGGUGGCCAUCGCGGCGCAGGACGUGUACCCCGCCGGCUCAGAGAAGGGCCGGCCCCUGGCGCCCACCAUCGCCAAGAUCCAGCUCGGGUGGCAGGUCCGUCGGACGCGGCCGGGGCAGCCGCAGGGCUCCACCAACCCCGUGUGGAACGAGGAGUUCAUGUUCGUGGCCGGCGAGCCGUUCGACGAGCCGCUGGUGGUGACGGUGGAGGAGCGCGUGGCGGCGGGGCGCGACGAGCCCGUGGGCCGGGUGAUCAUCCCCGUGAUCUCGCCGUACGUGUACCGCAACGACCUGGCCAAGUCGGUGGAAUCCAAGUGGUUCAACCUUUCGCGCGCGCUGACGGCGGACGAGGCCGCGGCGGGCGUCACCGCCGCCAAGGCCCUGGCGGAGAAGACGACCUUCUCGAGCAAGAUCCACCUGCGGCUGAGCCUGGAGACAGCGUACCACGUGCUGGACGAGUCGACGCACUACAGCAGCGACCUGCAGCCGUCGGCGAAGAAGCUGCGCAAGUCGUCCAUCGGCAUCCUGGAGCUGGGCAUCCUGAGCGCCCGGAACCUGGUGCCCAUGAAGGCCAAGGAAGGGCGGCUGACGGACCCCUACUGCGUGGCCAAGUACGGGUCCAAGUGGGUGCGCACCCGGACGGUGCUCAACACGCUGGCGCCGCAGUGGAACGAGCAGUACACGUGGGAGGUGUUCGACCCCUGCACCAUCGUCACCGUCGCCGUGUUCGACAACGGGUACGUCCGUGGUGGCGGCGAGGGCAGCAAGGACCAGCGGAUCGGCAAGGUGCGCGUGCGGCUGUCGACGCUGGAGAUCGACCGCGUCUACACCCACAUCUACCCGCUGAUGACGCUCACCCCGGGCGGGCUGAAGAAGACCGGGGAGCUGCACCUGGCGGUGCGCUUCACCUGCACGGCGUGGGCCAACAUGCUGGGCAUGUACGCCAAGCCGCUGCUGCCCAAGAUGCACUACAGCCACCCCAUCUCGGUGCUGCAGCUGGACUACCUCCGGUUCCAGGCCAUGCAGAUGGUGGCGGCGCGGCUGGGGCGCGCCGAGCCGCCGCUGCGGCGGGAGGUGGUGGAGUACAUGCUGGACGUGGACUCGCACAUGUUCAGCCUGCGGCGGAGCAAGGCCAACUUCAACCGCAUCACCCCCCCUCUUCUCGGGCGUCGUGGCCGUGGCCAAGUGGAUGGACGGCAUCUGCAAGUGGAAGAACCCGCUGACGACCAUCCUGGUGCACGUGCUGUUCCUCAUCCUGGUGUGCUACCCGGAGCUGAUCCUGCCCACAGUCUUUCUCUACCUCUUCAUGAUCGGCGUGUGGAACUACCGGCGGCGGCCGCGCAAGCCGCCGCACAUGGACACGGUGCUAUCGCACGCCGAGUCCGGGCUGGUGCACCCGGACGAGCUGGACGAGGAGUUCGACACGUUCCCCACCAGCAAGCCCGGGGACGUGGUGCGGAUGCGCUACGACCGCCUGCGCAGCGUGGCCGGGCGGGUGCAGACGGUGGUCGGCGACCUGGCCUCGCAGGGGGAGCGGGCGCAGGCGCUGCUCAGCUGGAGGGACCCGAGGGCGACGGCCAUCUUCAUCAUGCUCUCGCUCGUGGUGGCCGUGGUGCUCUACGUGACGCCGUUCCAGGUGGUGGCCGUGGUGCUGGGGCUCUACCUGCUGCGCCACCCGCGCUUCCGGAGCAAGCAGCCGUCGGUGCCCUUCAACUUCUACAAGAGGCUGCCGGCCAAGUCCGACAUGCUGCUCUAGCGUCCCCUUGUGUAACUGGAACUGGAAUUGGAAUUGGAAUUGGAUCCCUUGCAGGUUGCAGCAGCAUCAGCAAGACAGCAAACAAGCACGUUUUUUAG